AGCGUUAUCGUAUGUUAAAAAGGUGUUAUCGUUAGUGGUGCAGUGAUUAAGCUGUUUUAAGAAUACAUGUCCACAAAGUGAAACCUUUACCUCCUUAACCAACAUUUGGUGGACAUAUGUGGGGAUAGCCAUGAUUUCUAUUUGGAUGUCUUGUUUGGUCACUUUCUCGUCGUUACGGCUGUAUACAGUAGCGGACAGAAUACCUGUGUUAGACACUCUAGAGAGAAUUGCCAUCUUUGGGACCGAUGCCUCCACUGACUUGCCGGAAUACCAGUCGGUUGUCGUGCAUCUCUUUAACGGAACGGAACAUUCCGACGUCGACGUCAAGCAAUUCCGGAACCGGCCGCCAACACAGCAGUACCGAGUGUCGUUCGGCAACGAAACGUUCACGAUCAUCUGCAUUUACAGUAGACAAAAAAUCGUUCCAUGUAACUUCAUUGAGUGCCUUUUACACUGAAAUUCCCGACGCCCUUUGAUGCUUUGCAUCAAUACUUAUCUUGAAGGGAGUACAUAUAACAUGUUAUCAAUAACAAGAAUAAAAUGCGAGUUAAUUCA